AGAAAGAGGGACCAGACUCAAUUCCUGAGAGCCGGAGAAGGGCCACAGCGGCAGAAAAAUUCAAGAGAGAGAGAGAGAAACGGCGAGCAGAGAGACAGCGAGCGCCACGGCCAGGGUCGCGUUCUCACGAUAGUAGCGGUGGGGCCCGCCAGCUCGGGUUUAAACGGUGUACGGAGUAGGAGAGAGCAGGACUGGAGAGAGGCCUUGGGAAUUGGAAGCGCCAAGCGAGCCAGAGAAGGUUCUAUGCAAAGAACGCUGGAGCCGGAGACAAGAUGCUAA